AUUUAAGGCCUUAAGGCAUUCUGGAACGCCGUCCAAACGAGAGAACACGUGAACUAAUUCCCAGCACCCUUGAUUGGAUUAAUCCUUAUCGUGAACCAUGGCUUGAUUGGACCUUUAACGUAGUCAUUAAGUGCAAGCAGAGAUUGAAUCAAGAAGCCGGUUGGGUGUCAGAGUGAUUGAAAAUGGGCCCUCAUAGAUUGCCUUACCGUGUGGUUUAUUGUGAGAGCCACGACGAGGACUACACGCCCAGUCAGCUAUUAUCUCCUGGACCCGAGUGCAAAGGAUGGAGGGCGGCUCAAUAUUGUAUUUACCCAGAGGAUUUGAUCAUACAAUUGGAGACAUGCAGCCACAUCGAAAAAAUCCAAGUCAUGGUGCAUCACACUUUGAUUCCAUCCGCCAUCGAGAUUCAAUUGGGAGAUAUGAUGCCCAAUCCCAAGCAUCCUGAUGCACCUCCCGAUCACAAAAGAUGCUUGUUUGCUUCAUUGGGAGAGGUUGCUUUGGAAAGCAACAAGAAGAUCAAUUUCAAAGGCCGACAAAUGCAAACGAUCGAAGUUGACGGCUUUAACAAAGGGUUGUUCCUCAAGCUUCUAUUGAAGAAGAACCAUUUAAAUCGUUAUAAUGAGUACAAUCAAGUCAGUCUCAUGGGUUUAAAUGUGAUUGGUACUCCAAUUGACAAAGACAAACACUCGGAGAAACCAUUGUAUAAGCUCUCUCAUCGAGACGAUUUGGCAUUCCUUAUGUACAUGGACACCGACAUUGCUGAGGUUAUUGAACAAUUGGAAGUUUGUCGUCAAGCGGCCAAGGAGGCAAGGAGAGGGGAGUAUAAGAAUAAAAUUAACGAAGCCACCGCGGGGUUGGAGCUCGCCGGAUUGGCCUUGGGAGCCAAAGGAGUAUCGAAGGCCAUUCAUCUUGAGAAGAAGGACUACAAAGCAGUCAAAGAGCUCGAGCGGCAGAUACAACAAGAACGAGACGAGCUCUAUAGAGAAUACAACGUUUCCGACCUCUUGGAGAAGAAUGGUCAUUUGCCUAUCAAUGACGAAAGGCCAACGGAAUUGCCUCCCCCAGUCAGACACAAGAGCCGUCCUAAGAGCCGAAGUCCUUCGCCGGGUCAAGAGCCCCCGCCACGAAGGACAUCCCUUCCCCCUCCGAGAUCCCCUCGGCGAAGUUUGCCUUCUCCGAUAUCUUCACCAUCUCGUCAAUCAAGAACCCCUACCCCUCCAUAUCGGAGUCCCACGCCGCAAGAAGAAACCCCACCACGAUCCCCAAGUCCAACCAGGUCCCAACCUAUCGAUCUGUCCAACGUCUACAUUGAUGAUCGAGAUAUCCAUCCCGCUAAAGACACGUUGCCUGAAGCUGAAGCUGAUCCUGAAGAGAGCGAGGAAUCAAGAUCCCCGCGGAAAACCCGUCUUAGUGAACAGGACAAGAAAGAACUCAGGGUGGCCAUUGAGGUGUUCGGCGAGGAGACUAUCAUGAGAGCCAUCAAUAAAAACCCCUCAGUUAAAGAGGAAGCCGAUUGUGAGAUCCAGCGGACUCUAGAGUCGUACAAUCGAGACGAUUUGAAACCUGCCAAGAUGAUGAGGGGAACAACCCAGAUUGUGGUGCGGAUGAUCAAAGAUAAGGUCUGGGCUAUCUUCACGGUUGGAUGUAACAUCACUGAAAUCUUAUUUGGAAGUUUCCUAGUUGAAUACAAGCUUUCAAAGAAGGAAAUUGAAGCCUCCACCUCAAAAGUUUACAAAGAACUCAUUCAGAGGGGAUGUGACACCUCAGACCGGGUCUCAGACAAAGCCGAGGCGACCAUUCAAAGGAUGUUACAAGCACCUGAUGUCCAAGAGACAGGUGUCAUCCAACAACAACUGCUUCAACCUCUUCCUCCUAACAAGGAGCAUCCCAAAAUGGCAGUCAUCAAGGCUGAGCUGGUUGUUUACAUGAUUGAUGAACUCAACCUGGUGGACCGGAAAUAUUCAUCCUUGGAUCAAGUGACAGAAUUCGGCAUGGCGGCUGUGAAUCAUACUACGGCACGUGUGAGAAAGUUGGGAGAAAAGAUCAUGAAGAAAUUGUUUAAAAUCGAUCCUGACCGGGUGAGGGAACUCAUUCCACCGGAUAACCCCAAGAAUCGGAAAGCCAACCACAAUUUGCGUAGUCUAUAUAAAAAGUUUUAAACUUUAACACACCCAUACCAAUAAUUAUAGAGCUCCAUUUACAUUGGGAGAGGAGGAUUGACUUUUGUUAGCUUAUCAGAGUUGGACAAAUGUCGUUUGUAACUAAACAAAAUUAUGAUAAAAAUUAGGGUAAUCAAGACUCUACUAUCUU